AUGAUUGGGCCAGAGGCUCGGGUGAGUCCCUCGCUACCCCCAGCUAACUCCGUUUUGCAGGCAGAACACCACCCCGUGGCGAUCCAUGAUCACAAGCUGGUGCGUGUCAAGGGUGAGCUCCAGCCGCGGUUCCUGGUGCGGUGGUCUGGACUGCCUCCGUCGCUGGCGACCUGGGAGGACCCCGUCGAGCUCCGUCGUCGUUUUCCGUCGACAGCGGCUUGGGGACAAGCCGCCACUCAAGGAGGGGCGAAUGUCACGCCUGACAUGCCGACCCCACCAACCAUCGGAUCGUGCUUGAGAGCCGAGGUAGAUCAGGCCUGUUACAGUGGUACAUUCAGAAUCAGUGGCCAUGCAAAUGUUAAAGGGAAGGAGGAAGCAAGUAAAGCCUGUCUAGCUGCCAAGGAACGGCUCACAUUCCUGGAACUGUCGUGUAGUAAAGAAGUUGAAGCAGAGGUGCUGCAGGGACUGUGCCCUCCCGUGGGGCUUCAAUGGCUGCGCAUCAGUGGCUAUGAAGGUUCGAUGUACCCAGAUUGGAUGUUGGGUAACAAGGAUGGUGUCGCAAAGGGCCUGCAAAAACUUGAUUUCUGGCACUGCGGCCAACUGCGUGGUCCUGCUCCUCAACUUGCUGAGGCUUUUGCUCAUCUCACUCGGCUCAUGCUUUUGGGUUGCAAGUGGAACGCCUUACCAGCCGAUCUGAAGCGACUCGAAUCGCUCAGGGAACUGGCCAUCGGUGGAUGCAGGUUCAUCCGGUCUCUUCCAACGAUGCCCCGGUCCCUUGAGGUGUUCGACAUGGGAGGAUGUGAUCCUGAGUUCAUCAAGUCUUGCCUGACAAGGUUCCAUCCAAACUGGGAAAAGAUUAAGCACAUACCCUAUAAAAGGACCGUCGGCAAUUGAGUGGGCGUUUCCAUUCCUUUAAAUUUGGUUCACAGACGCCAAGCCUCCAGGCUACUCCUAUUUUCAUUUGUGAUGAUGACAUCUGA